ACAACACUUGGUACGAGUAACUCUUACCGUAGAUUAGUUGGCAUAACGAUAUAUUACAACCAGAAACAAAGGUUAACUGACUGCCAGGCCAAAGAGUUAAUCAGUUAACGAAGAUGGAAAUUAUUUCAUUAGCAAACGAUACGCAGGACAUAACUGCAUGGGUAGAGGAUACAGACGACAUGACUUCCCUGGAAAAUGAUACGGAAAACAUAACUUCAUUGGCAAACGAUGCAGGGGACAUAACCUCAUGGGAAAAUAGUACUCCGUUUACUACGUUCUGCAGUGAUAACUGGACGUCAAGAGCCGAAGUCGGAAGUGGCAUCAUCCCCUGUCAGUACAACAAACAUCAACUAGAACAGGUGUACUUAUUCUACAUUUUCGCAUAUCUACCUCUUCUGCUGGUUUGCACCAUCGGCAACGUACUCAAUCUGGUAAUCCUAAUGCGCAAUCUGCGCAACUGGAAAACAUCUGCACGGUGUUAUAUGUUGGGAACUGCCGUUGCCGAUCUCGGUGCUCUAUGGUUAGGAUUGCCCUUUUGCGUGGUGAAUAUAGGGAUACAGUACAACCUGCCGUUUGAGAAUAAUUCGGACGUAACCACAAAACUGGGCCUCCUGGGUGGGUGUACCGCAUGGUUUCAGCAAAUCUGCAUGCAGUGCUCUGACUGGAUACUAGUAGCGUUUAGCUGGGAAAGACUGCUGAUAGUUAUUAGCCCAUUCCGCUUCAGACCGUUGCAACGCGUGUCGACGGCCUGGAUCAUAAUAGCGAUCCUACUUGUCGUAGCGUUACCGAUUGGCGUAUUCCCUUUUGUCGGUUCCUACUUGUACUAUGCCGAUCGUAUAGACGAUGUUUUGCACCCUACCAGAGCGCCAGUUUGGUUUACUCGAUGGUUGAAGAUGGACGGCGCCUCUACGGUCAUUGUGCAAAUCGUGACCUUUAUCCUUAUCUUGAUCCCAAGCGUUUGUCUGAUCGUGUUUCUCAGCCGGCAGCACCGCUCAACCAUCAGCCAAAUGCGCCUUCAACAGCUACAGUCGUGGCGGUCGCGGUCCAGCUUAAAGCAAAAUGAUUCGAGUCCCGGUCGCUCCGACGCGGGCACUACCCUCAUCCUGCUUAGCAGUUCGGCAUUGUAUCUUGUCACCAGAUUCCCAAUGGUCGUUGAGUCUUGCUUGUUUUCCCUAAGCAAUUUACAUUACGACUGGACGGUUGAAAUGGUUGUCGGGCCUUUUGUCGACAUUGCCAUGUACGCUGGGUAUUCAUUUACAUUUUUCACUUAUCUUGUCACCACGAGGAAUUUCCGUGAGCAUUUCUUCAAAUUGUUUACCUCUCUGAUGUCCAUGAACGGUUCUUACGUAUACCAUACUGGAUCGUGGUGGUUCUGUAUGUGCUUCGAAACGGGACUUUCGACAUCAGCGUCAGCCGCGUAAAUAGUGCAACUCCGGAUACUUCCGCCACAACAACAACAAUCUCCAACUGUCAGUAAAACUGUGCCACCAGCUUGUGCAGGCAGAAUAUAACGUGUUAAUAAACUUUUGCACAUGUUUAUUGCUUUUAUUAAAGCAGUCCAUAAUAAAAUUAUAACAUCCAUUACUUCGUAUUGUAUUGUAAUUUGUACAUAUAUAAUUUUGCUGUUGCAGCUUAUUUUAAAAGGAGACCACGAUUCUCUGGCCAGUUUUAUUAAUUUUUAUAUGAAAAUGAGCCCGCUUUGUAUGAGGA